AAGGAUCUCACUCUUUUCCCCUCUCUUUUGAUAAAAAAAAAAAAAGAAAAAAAACUUCAAAAUCAAAACUGGAAACUACUCAACAAAACCCAAAGUGAUACCAAUAUGAAGAAGAUGUUCAAAAUACCAUUCUUGAGCUUAACCAUUUGGCUUCUUUUUCUAAUUUCUCCUCUUUCCCACUCUCUCUCUCAUGCUCUUCAAGAUUACACUGAUGAACCGUUUCUACCUAUUGGAGGGGAACUUUCUGAAUCUUCUCAUGAAGAGGAGAAAAACCUUGUGGGGUUUGAUGCUAUUGGCUUGAGGAAAAUGGGGAGUGGAAGAAAGAGAGUGGAAGUGAAGAGAAUAGUGAAGAAAGGGAUCACUACUCCAAUUUAUGAAAGACAAGAAGAUGAAGAAAGCUCAAGAAUUUCAGGAUUGUACAAAAAGAGUUCAAACAAGGCUCGUCAAACCUCUCAAGUAAACCAUGAUCAGGAGACUAUCGACGCAAAAAGAUCAAAAAUUUCUCAACAUGUUUAUAAGGUGAAAUGGACGAACUCGAAGAGGGUCAUCUUGGCAAGAGAUGACGAGAGUCAAAGGCUUCUCAAGGCCGCCAGAGAGAUAGCCAAUUUGAUGCACAAAGAUUAUAAGGAGUGGGCUCACCGCAAGCCACCAAUCAACAACCGUGAACCUUUGCAUUAAGAAAGGGGAACGAAAAAUAGUGUUUGAAAUGGUUUAGUUUAGAUUCUUAGGCCAGCAAUUUUUCCCCUCUAUAUAUAGAAAGUGUAGUCCUUAAUUUAUAGUCUUUUUUAGCCUAUAAUUAUCAUAUAGAUAUAUAUAAGGACAAGAACUCUUAGGGGAUGCUGUUGAUUUGAUCCUUUUUUACGUUUUCCCUUCUUCUAGUUAUAUGUAAUAUUAUAUAGAUCAAAUGCAACACAAAAGAACUAUAUAAGAACAUGAAAUAUCUAUAUAUUAUGUAUAUUAAUCAGGAAAAUUUUCUUUUAUAAA